CGCCGCACGAGCUACCUACUCCGCAAGGCCCCAUCCAUCAAACAAUCCAGACCUGCCUAGCAUCCUCACUAAGCCCCUCCUCCAAGCGUUGACAUUGACAAACAACAACAACUACUACACCACCACCACCACCACCACCCAGCCCCCGGCCUUGGCCUUGGCCUUGGCCAUGGCCUUGACCUUUCCCCGUCCCCCACCAUCGCCUCGUCCUCCUCGCACAAACGCAAAGGCCAUCCAUGACCCGACCGAGACCGAAAUCGUUGUUCCCCGGUGCACGCACGCGCAACCCCCACGGCUCACGAUCCCGAUCGCUUUUUCCCUUCCCCCCGCCCAAGCCGUUUGCGGUAUCGGUAAAGCGCCCUCCGUACCGUACUGUCCACGGUCAACGUAACCAUAACCGAGGCCAUCAUCGCCCUCUUGGCACCCGUCGCCUGUCGCCUGUUACUCGGGAAACCUGGCCACUUCUACAUGCGCGCUCCGUGUUUCUCGCCCCGGUUCAUCCCGGGCUAAGACGGUUGCGUGAGCGGAGGAAGGGGAUGUGGGAGGUGAGACCGGGGUCGGAGCCGGUCGCUUGCGCAUACCGGGUUGCUUUCGCUAUGAAGCCGAGGGUGCGCGGGAAGUGGAGCCCCGGGGCUUGGGGGGAAUUUAACAGGUUGUGUGGGAACGGGCUGGUCGGCGAUGUGAAUUGGUCCGAGGGGUUGGGUAGUAAUUGGGGGUUGUGUCUGGAUGGGAAGGAGGGAGAGUAGAGAUGAGGGGAGGGGAGCUGCUGCUGCUGCUGCUGGGGUUGGAUUGUGAUUAUGGCUUGUGUUCUUGUGGGUUGUCAGCUGGAACGGUUGUAGUGUUGUA